UGCUUGGCGCGUAUAUUAAUUAACCACCACCGGCAAAACACCCACGAAAAAGGCGACCACGCAUAAAGAAAGAUCAAAACUUCCCCAUCACUUCCAAAAAGCAUUACACACACACACAGAAAAACUUGUUACAGGGAAAAUAAAAUAAAAAUCGUAGCCGAAAAUUAUAAAAAACAAAUAUUUAAUUUUUUUUAGUUCAAAAAAGUUUCAGCUUUGAAGGCAGAGAGAGAGAGAGAGAGAUCAAGCAACUGAGAGUGGUGUUGAAGCGAAACUACGAUCUUCUUUUUCUUUUCUUCUUUCUCAGAUUUUCACAACACUCUUCUUUGAUCGGAGCUCUAACAUUCCGACAAAAGCUAAAAGACUUCCUCUUUAGCUGUUUUGAGGGAUUUGUCUCCCUCUGUAGAGAUUAGGGUCUAUCAAUGGAGCGGUACGGUCGCGCCGGUGAAGAAGGGUCGCGAUCGGAUCCAUCUCUUGAAUGGACCUCUCAUGGAGGUGAAACCGGACUCGAAGCUUCGAUGUGGCGGUUAGGGUUGAGCGGCGGCGGAGGAGAAUCCUACCCGGAGCGACCCGACGAGCCUGAUUGUAUUUAUUACUUGAGAACCGGCGUUUGCGGGUACGGGUCAAGAUGUCGGUUUAAUCACCCACGAGAUCGUGGAGCGGUUAUUGGAGGUGUGAGAGGAGAAGCUGGAGCUUUACCGGAGAGGAUGGGACAUCCGGUUUGUCAGCAUUUUAUGCGAACGGGAACGUGUAAAUUCGGUGCUUCUUGCAAGUAUCAUCAUCCUAGGCAAGGAGGUGGUGGUGGUUCCGUUGCACCCGUCUCGCUUAGUUAUUUGGGAUAUCCAUUACGCCCGGGAGAGAAAGAGUGCUCUUAUUACUUGAGAACCGGUCAGUGUAAAUUUGGUUUGACUUGUAGAUUCAACCAUCCCGUGCCACUCGCUGUACAGGGUCCACCUCAGCAUCAGCAACAGCAACAGCCACAGCUACAGACUAUUUAUCCGACACUUCAGUCUCAAUCCGUUCCUUCCUCUCAACAAUAUGGGUUAGUUUUGACAAGGCCUUCUCUUUUACCUGGUUCAUAUCUUCCAAGCCCUUACGGUCCUCCAAUGGUUCUGCCUCCGGGAAUGGUUCCAUACUCUGGUUGGAAUCCUUACCAGGCUUCUUUAAGUGCAAUGCCUUCGCCUGGAACUCAACCGUCUAUUGGAUCAAGCUCUGUUUAUGGAAUCACGCCGUUAUCUCCUUCAGUGACUGCAUAUACAGGAGCAUAUCAAUCUGGCCCGUCUUCAAAUACCUCAAAAGAGUUUCCUCAGCGACCUGAUCAACCCGAGUGUCAAUACUUCAUGAGAACCGGUGACUGUAAAUUCGGAUCCUCUUGCCGAUACCAUCAUCCUGUAGAUGCAGUUCCACCUAAGACUGGCCUUGUCCUGAGCUCCAUUGGCCUUCCACUUCGUCCCGGAGUAGCGCAAUGCACUCACUUUUCUCAACACGGAAUCUGCAAGUUUGGACCGGCGUGUAGGUUUGAUCACUCAAUGAGUUCUUCGCUUAGCUAUAGUCCGUCUGCAUCAUCACUAACCGAUAUGCCCGUGGCUCCAUACCCAAUCGGAUCAUCCUCACUCAGCGGCUCAUCAGCUCCAGUAAGCUCAAGCAAUGAACCCACCACAGAGGCUGUGACUGCUGCUGCAGUUUCCACUUCUAUGGUCAGUGGCUUGAGCCGUCCAGAGCCAGCUGAGACGAGUGGUGACUCGGCCAGCGUCAGUGGCAGCAUAGAAGCUAAGACUUCAAGUUAAAAAAAAAAAAAAAAGAGAGAGGAAAAUACCCUCAAUUCUUCAUAAACUAAGCAACAUUAAGUAAAAAGAAAAAAGAGAAAAGAAGAUUAUUUUUGGGGUCAGAGAUUCGAUGGAAGCAGAGAGACCAAAGCUUCUGUCAUUGACCAUUUGUCCAUAUAUAAUAUAUUCUCUCAUACGGCCAUCUCUCUAUCUCUCUCCCUCUUCUUUAUUUUUCUUGAAUAACGAUUACUAAUAAAUGGCCUUAUUCAAGCGACAUUCAUGAGA